AUCUGCCCUGGAGCCGCAGCAAAAUGCUGGAUGGACACCUACUCCUGGGAUGGUUAUCGUUCACAGUUAUAGUGUAUCUUCUUAACUUGGCUGGACCAACUGCAGCGUAUUUCGGGUUGACAGGUAAUGAACCUUUGUCUAUCCUGCCACUGAACUCUCUACCAGAGGAGAACAUGGGCAGGGCCCACUACAAGCUGUGUGACCGGCUCAAACUGGAAAAGAAGCAGCGCAGGAUGUGCAGACGAGACCCGGGCGUGGCAGAGACCCUGAGAGAGGCCAUCACCAUCAGCGCCCUAGAAUGCCAAUAUCAAUUUCGUUUCGAGAGGUGGAACUGCACCUUAGAGGGGCGACACCGAGCCAACAUACUAAAGAGAGGAUUUAAAGAGACAGCCUUCUUGUAUGCAGUCUCCUCAGCGGGCCUAACCCAUGCAAUGGCCAAAGCUUGCAGUGCAGGACGCAUGGAGCGCUGCACAUGUGACGAGGCUCCAGACCUGGAGAACCGCAAGGCGUGGCAGUGGGGAGGCUGCGGAGACAACCUCAAAUACGCCAACAAGUUUGUCAAGGACUUCCUGGGCAAACGCUCCAACAAGGACCUGCGCGCACGCGUGGACAUGCACAACACAAAUGUGGGCAUGAAGAUAAUCAAGGCUGGAGUGGAGACCACCUGUAAAUGCCAUGGUGUCUCUGGCUCCUGCACUGUCCAGACCUGCUGGAGGCAGCUCCUGCCCUUUCAUGAGAUUGGCAAGCAGCUGAAGCAGCGCUAUGAAACCUCCAUCAAGGUUGGCAGCUCCACCAAUGAAGCGACAGGGGAGGGAGAGAUCUCGACAGGUCGGGGACAGCAGCAGCAGCAGCAGCAGCAGCAGCUUCCUCGCACUAUGGACCUGCUCCACAUCGAGGACUCACCCAGUUUCUGUAGACCAAGCAAGUACUCGUCCGGCACGGCGGCCCGCAAGUGUUACAAGGAUAAGAACUGUGAUGCUAUCUGCUGUGGGCGAGGCCAUAACACUCAAAGUAGGGAGGUGACCAGGCCCUGCCAGUGCCAGGUGCGCUGGUGCUGCUAUGUUGAAUGCAAGCAGUGCACACAGAGAGAAGAAGUCUAUACCUGCAAAGGGUAAAGCAGUUACCUGUCGGUUUGUACGACCAGUGGAGCAAGAGAAAGAUGGUCAUAUUGAAGAGAAGUGGUUAUUUUGUUCUCAAACCAAGUUUUGCUUCCACUGUCGGAACAGUGUUCUGCAAACGAAGAGGUGUGAGCUGACGGAGAAGCAAUAAGCACUUUGAGGGAUUUCAGAUGUCCUGUGGCCCCUGUGUCUGGGGUCUACAGAAUCAAGUACCUUUUCAGACAAAUCGGUCAACAUCUCAAGCUUUUUGUGUUUUGGUUUUGCCUUAAAGAAAGUCGGUUUUAUUUUUGCUAUUAACAAAAUCCAUUGCAUCACCAUAGGAGAAAACCAAAAGAUACAAGAAAUUAGCAAUGAGUUAUCAAGUUUCUUAUUUAAGGAUAGUAACACCAACAGGCUGGUCUCUAGGCCCUUGCCCAAAGAGCAUUGGUGUGUGUGUGUGUGUGUGUGUGUGUCGGCGGGAGUGUUUAUCAGUUUUUACAUGUGUGCAUUUGCAUGUGAGCAGGCGUUAGUGAAGGGGAGGGGAGUUCAAAUGACGACUUUUAUGGCUAUGAAAACCAUAUUCUGAGACUGCUAAAAAAGACAGGGUGUAAGAGUUACUCUACACGCACAUAUUUACAUUCAUACACAUUGUGUGUUUGCAUAUGUAUGUAUAUUAAUUCAGUUAUAUUAUAAUAAUAUUAUACAAGCCACUUAUAUAACCAUGUUAAAACAAACCACUAACCACACAAAUGCAUGUUGUUUGUGUGCUCUCACUUGUUUUGCUUCUUGAUUCAUGUUGACAAGGCCCUUUGGAAAGCAGCACACAUGUGUCUAUCAUCUUGCUGUGGAUAAUUUAUAGCUCCCUUGGGACUACUCCUUCACAGGGAGAAAAUAAUCUCUUUUUUUAUUGUAAUAUAAUACGGACCUGUUAGUAAAUGCAUUAACAGAAAAUAAUGGAACCAGUCAGUUUAGGCUAUUCUUGGCCUUAAGCGAACCAGUGUUCAGGGAAUAACUUAAACCACUAGAACUAUUUGGACUGAACAGACAUAAAAUGUGUAAAUACAAACAAUAUUCAGCAGCUACUAUACAGUGACUACUGGAUACAGCCAGUACUAUUGCAACAAGUGAUCACUGGACAAGCAGACAGUCCAUGUGAGAGACAGAUAAAAUAAAGAGAAUUUUGAAAAAGUAGCUUUGUAAAGCUUUUACUUUUUAAAUUUACUUAUUAUACUUUGAACUUGUAAAGAAGACUGUGGAGAACUGGAGGAAUGUAGCCGCUUGCCAUUUCACAUCCAUUUUUCCUCUUCAGCUGCCACGAUUUGACUGAGGCACAUCAACAUGUAGACAUGCAGUAUGUACAGUAGGAACUGUCAGUCUGUCCAAACACAAUGACAGGAAAUCUAACUUGACGUGUCUGCAGAAUUCCUAGUGUGAAGAUGAAAGCAUAAGCCUCGUAGCUAAUAUAAAUAUAUUUUAUAAUAUUUGUGUAAUGUUUGGCAAAUUGAUAUCUAAAUGCAGACAUCGAAGUUUUGCAGAUAUCAUUUUCCAGAUGUCAUUUUAGAUGUUGAGUUAAUUUGCUUUUUCAAAUUGUUGCUUGGCACACAAUAGCACGGUUAACACAAUGCAGUAUACUGAGCCCUGCCAUGCAACUAAAGUAACAGUCUAGACCAAUAGCUUGACAUUUUGGGAAAUUCACUCAUUUAUUUUGUUGCCAAGGCUUAGAUGGUUGAUACAUUUCUUAUGUCUGUAGUAAAUAUACCGCUACAGCCAGCAGCCGGUUACUGUAGUUUAUUUUAGCAUAAAGAGAAAGAGGGAAGCAGCUAGUCUGACUUUGUCCAAGGGUGACAAAAUCAACGCAUCUAAAGCUCACUCAGUAGUUAUGUCUCAUUUGUUUAAUGCAGGAACUAACCCCCAUAACUCUAUGAACAACUACAACUUGUCAUUUUUAUGAAGAAGAUGCAGCGUUAGCUAUAGUAUUAGUAAGAUUUACAGGUGCUGGUUGAUGGAUUUUGUUCCCUUCAGACAGGCUAGCUACACCCAUAUUUCCAGUCUUUGUGCGAGACUAAGAUAAAUGGUUGCUGGCUGUAGUUUCAUUAUAACAACAUCAAUAUGAGAGCGAAAUCUCAAGGAGGAAAGUGAAUAAAUGUAUUUUGUAAAAUAUCAAAUUAAUGCUAUGAAACAUAACCAUUAAAUCAAAGGUUUGAUUAUAUGAAAAGUGUCUCUGUACACUCUUAAGACAAUACAGUUUCAUUGUAUUCUCAGCACUUAGGUUCUGGGAACACAGAUAGUAGGACCUUAAACAGUAUGCCUUGUUUUUGAUGGGUGUGAAUUAACUACUGAGUGAGGGACCCACCUUUGUAUGAUAGCACCAUCCACGCACUGAAGCCCAAAAGCCCUUUAAAGUAUUUAAAGAUCUGUAUUUAUGGAUAUAGUGCAGAAUCUUUUUUAAAUUUUCUUUUUGUAAUUGUAAAUAUCAGUGGUUUCUUUUCCUGUGGUAUCGAGACAAAAGCGAGGCACAUGUUCAACUCUCACAAGCAACCGAAGCAGAGUAAAUUAAGUAGCGCUAAGAAAUACUAGGGCAGGACAUUUUUGGAAACAGCACACAGGUGCUGUAAUAAAAUGGUUAUAGAUUAUGAUCAGCGGUACACAAUACAGAGCCAUGCCAAACAUCAUUAAACAUGUCUAAAGAGACAGUUUACUCUUUAAAGAUGAUCAUCCUAAUAUUUGAAAUUAAACUGACAUCCUUGACAGCAAAAUCAUGCUUUAGAGAGGCUUGCUUGGCUUCUUUGUCCUGAGGAAAUGAAUUCCAAGCCUUUUGAUGAGGAGGUAUGCCAAAUAAAGACUGGUCAAAACAUAUACAUAGGACUUUGCAUGCUACAUGCAAACCAUAAUAGCUAUGUUGAGACUCGAAGCAAAAAUGCCAGCUUCCCACAGCUUCUGGUGUGCGUUCUUCACAUACACUCCUAAACACUCUAAGGUUCUCUACAGGCAUGACAGGAAUACCAAAUGCACACUGGGUGCAUUUUUGUUUGUUUAUAGAUUGUACAUAGGCUGAAAAUUUCUCCUGAGAAAGAUGAACAUGAUGCAGUAGUCAACCGGUUUUUAAAUGUCACAGUCAUCCAUAUUCUCAAAUCUAAAACAAUGCGCUGUUUAGUCGUCAGUGGAUCAUGUAAAAAAAAAAAAUUUUGUAUGAAAAAAAUAAAAGAUAAAUUAUUUUUAAAUAUAUUACAAGCAUGUGUUUAGUGUAAAUAACAUUAAAGUCUAAAUUGAUUUUUUUAAAUCCUGUAUUUUUACUCCUUUUUUUUUCUUUUGGGUGUUUGCUCCUUUGGGGGUGGAGGCUUCAAAAAGCAGUUUUAUACUAUGAACAUAUCUCAACAUUUGCUGUUAUCUAAGCACUAACAAAUCAAUGGCAAUGAGACAUUUAUGAAAGUAUAAAAAAAGUCAGUCAGGAUUUGAUCCAUUUGUAUAUUUAAAUAUUUUGUGAAAAGACUGGCUUAGUAAUGUUAACUAUAUGAUAUGGUAUGAACUGAAGACUGCAUCAGUGUGGGCUGGUUUAUAUUCACCUUUGGAUCAUUUUACAUGUACUGCAUAUACCUUUUGUUGGGAUUUGUGCUGUGCUUGUAAAACAAGGAUGAAAGACACCAACACAUGUAUUAACCUAUGUGAUGAUACUAUGCCAACAAAGUUUUGUCCAUGUUCACUUAUUCAUGUCUUAUGGGAACCUUAAAUUAUUUUCCUCUACCUCAUGUGUAUAGCUUGUAGGUAUAGACAGAUCACAAAUGACUGGUAAGAAUGUAUUUAAGUUAUUUAACAUCUUUGUAUAACA